AAAUUGCAGAACAGCGAAGAAACGCUGCUCCCUUCGUUAGUUUGAGGCUGACAAGUGUGACGGUGAGCGGUGACUGAGGCUGCUAUUCGCCGCCUUCUGAACCGCCGGUGACGGUGACUGUAUCUCUAGUUGACCAUUAUUGAGUCUCUUCUUCACUGCUUCAAUUCUAUCUGAAGAUUGAAGAGUGAGAGAGAUGUCCAGGUUUCGUGCAUUGUGGCAAGCAUCUUUAAAUGCAACCAAGAAAGCUCUCACAGGGAAUCUUGAGGAUUUGAUGCCUCCCGCUGAGAGAUAUGUAUUCAAUUUCAGUUCAAAAGAAGAGCUAAAGAAGUGGCAUCUGUAUUCAGAUUCUGAAUAUGGAGGUUUGUCUUCAGCUUCUUUGGAGAUCAAAGAUGCAGGGGAUGGACAGACAGGAACUGGUAUCUUCUCUGGGAAUCUUUCCCUCGAUGUAAGUGAGGGUUCAAAAUGGAACAUAACUCGAAGUGGCUUCUGUGGAAUGCGGUCCAAGAAGUUUGAUGGUUUCAUUGACUUGGAUUCAUAUGAUUCACUAGCACUAAAACUCAAAGGAGAUGGAAGGUGUUACAUAUCUACUAUUUAUACGGAGAACUGGGUAAAUUCACCUGGACAACAGGAGGAUAAUUCAUGGCAAGCUUUUGUUUUUGUACCCAGGGACAACUGGUAUAUUGCAAAGAUUCCUCUCGCUCACUAUUUACCAACGUGGAGAGGAAAUGUUAUCGAUGCAAAUUUGGAGAUGAAUCCAUCUCGUAUCGUUGGCAUGUCUCUAUCUGUCAACGCUGAGGGUGGUCUUCCGGAUGCUAAAUCUGGUCCAGGUGAUUUCAGAGUUGAAAUUGACUGGAUAAAAGCCAUAAGAACAGAAUGAGUUAAUUGUAUUCCAAAGAACCAAUAAUCAAGGCCUCAAGUUUUUCUACCAUGACUGUAUUUCUGCAUCUUUGAAAACAAAAGUUUGACAAUCUGGCUAGCAUCAUGUAUAAAACAAAUGCACCAUUUUCAGGGCAUUUCUUUUUGUUCCUUAAAUAUCCACAUUAAUGUUAUACCCUUUAUCUCUUUGUUUCCUAGCGAACGAUUGUGGGGAGAAUUGUAAACAGAAAUAUCUAACCAUCUUGCUUCAGACAUAAUGAUAUGGAGAUUUGAGAAGGACACUUCAUCUCAUAUCAUCCACAAUCUAUCUCUUUGGUUUACUUUUGCAGUUCGCUUUUUCCAUCUAAUGUAUUCUUCCCUUGUUUACUUUUCCAAUUUGCCAUAUCAAAUGGAGAUAAUGUGGUUCAUUUUCUUUUUCAAUUAAAUUGCCUGUGUUUCC